AUGAGCCAUCAUCACAACGAAGCUAAAGAUUUAGAUCCUCACGCAGCAAAGCUUGCAGCACAACGCUCGAGUAUUGAUUACACGGAUUUUCCGGCUUUUCCAACCAAGGUAGUGGUGCAUCCAUUGGUGUUGUUGAGUGUAGUGGAUCACUAUAAUCGGGUUGCUAAAGAUACUAAUAAUAGAGUGGCUGGAGUUUUGUUGGGAGAGAUUUCAAAGGAUGGUGUGGUUGAUUGUACGAACAGUUUUGCUGUGCCUUUUGAGGAGGAUCCUAAAGAUCCAAGUAUUUGGUUCUUUGAUCAUUCAUUCCUUGAGAGUAUGUUGGGAAUGUUUAGAAAGGUAACAGCCAAGGAAAAGGUUGUCGGAUGGUACAGCACUGGACCAAAAAUUAGAAAAUCCGAUAUCGAGAUUCAUCAAAUUAUCAAAGAGAAAUACCUUCCUCAUCCAACCUAUUGUAUUAUUGAUGUAAAUCCAGAACAAGAAAACGUGAUACCUACUGACGCCUAUGUUGCAGUAGAAGAACGUGAAGAUCAACAAUCUCAACCAAAGCUUACAUUUACUCACUUGCCAUCUGAAAUUGGAGCAUAUGAGGCUGAAGAAAUUGGUGUUGAACAUUUACUUCGUGAUGUGAAAGAUACAACUAUUUCCGAUUUGGCUUCAUCAGUGUCCACUCGUAUGACAAGCUUAAAGGCUCUGAGAAACAGAUUGAACGAGGUCAAUACAUACCUCGAUCAAGUUGUUUCAGGCAAAAUGCCAGUUAAUCACAAUAUUUUAUAUUUAUUACAAGACGUCUUUAAUUUACUUCCUGGCUUGCACACAAAUGAUGCUAAACAAGCUAUUGGAAAAAAGACGAACGAUACUUAUUUGGCCAUGUACUUGAGCUCUGUAAUUCGUUGUAUCAUUUCAUUGCAUGAUUUGAUCAAUAACAAGAUUGAAAUGAGAGAAUUCGAAGCAAAACAGCUCGAUAAAAAGAAGGAAGAUAAGAAAGAGGACAAGAAAGAAGAAACUUCAAACGAUAAGGAAUCACAAAAAACCUCCACAGACAAAAAGUAA